GGAAACCGGUGUCUGUGACCGAAAGGAAGUGGUUUGGGGCGGAGAGGGGGGGGCGGUUGUCCCGGCUGGAACCGUGAGGGGCCUGAGAAGCUACUCGGAGAAUAUCUUUCGGGCGCUGGCAGGGCAGAGAUAUUAUUGCAAAGGCUCUAGGGGCAAAGAACCAACCAUCUGAUAAGAAGAGAUGGAUGGAGAAGAGAAGACAUAUGGGGGCUGUGAAGGCCCUGAUGCUAUGUAUGUGAAAUUGAUAUCCUCAGAUGGCCAUGAAUUCAUUGUUAAAAGAGAGCAUGCACUCACAUCGGGAACAAUAAAAGCUAUGUUGAGUGGUCCAGGACAAUUUGCCGAAAAUGAAACAAAUGAAGUGAAUUUCAGAGAGAUUCCUUCCCACGUCCUAUCCAAAGUAUGCAUGUAUUUCACCUAUAAGGUUCGCUACACUAACAGCUCUACAGAGAUCCCUGAAUUUCCAAUUGCACCUGAAAUUGCACUGGAACUGCUGAUGGCCGCAAACUUCUUAGAUUGUUAAAGUAAAUUAUAAUAAAAAUGUAAACCUUUUUUUUCUCCCAAUAUUUAAUGCACGUAUUUCAGUUAGUAACUUUUUCAUAUGGCAUGUUCUGUAUGUUUGGUUAAGAAGUGUAAUGGUCACUGCAGAGGCUAUUGCUCACAGUGAUUUUGCAUAGGAAUCAUUCGUGAUCUGAUUUUGUUUUGCUGCUUACAUAAGUAACGGACUUCUUACCAACUGACAAAUAAACAUGCUAAUUUAGUGGA